AUGGUGGCCGCCGUGAGGCCGCUGGUGACGGUCCAUGCCCUGGAGGGCGACAUGGCGACGGACGGAUCGAACGCCGUCCCGCUGCCGGACGUGCUGAAGGCGACCAUCCGGCCGGACGUGGUCCGCUUCGUCCACUCCAACAUCUCGAAGAACAAGCGGCAGCCCUACGCCGUGUCGAAGCGCGCGGGGCACCAGACGUCGGCUGAGUCGUGGGGGACGGGACGUGCCGUGUCUCGUAUUCCCCGCGUGCCCGGCGGCGGCACCCACCGCGCCGGGCAGGGUGCCUUCGGGAACAUGUGCCGUGGCGGGCGGAUGUUCGCCCCGACGAAGAUAUGGCGGCGGUGGCAUAGGCGCGUGAACCUGAACCUGCGGAGGUACGCCGUGGUGUCGGCUCUGGCCGCGUCCGCCGUUCCGGCGCUGGUGAUGGCCCGCGGUCACCGGAUCGAGGGGAUCCCCGAGGUCCCGCUGGUGAUCUCCGAUUCGGCGGAGAGCGUGGAGAAGACGUCGUCGGCCAUCAAGAUCCUGAAGCAGAUCGGCGCGUAUGCGGACGCGGAGAAGGCCAAGGAGAGCCACGCCAUCCGGUCCGGGAAGGGCAAGAUGAGAAACAGGCGGUAUGUGUCGCGCAGGGGUCCCCUGAUUGUGUACGGCACGGAGGGCGCUAAGAUCGUGAAGGCGUUCCGCAACAUCCCCGGCGUGGACGUGAUGAAUGUGGAGCGGCUGAACCUGCUGAAGCUGGCCCCGGGUGGGCACCUCGGUAGGUUCAUCGUGUGGACCAAGUCGGCGUUCGAGAGGCUGGACGCGGUGUUCGGCACCUUCGAUAAGGCGUCGGAGAGGAAGAACAAGUACGUGCUGCCGAGAUCGAAGAUGAGCAACUCGGACCUGUCGAGGAUCAUCAACUCGGACGAGGUGCAGUCGGUGGUGCGUCCCAUCAAGACCGAGGUGAAGAGGAAGGCUCUGAAGAAGAACCCGCUGAAGAACCUGAACGCGAUGUUGAAGCUGAACCCGUACGCCAAGACGGCGAGGAGGGUGGCGCUUCUGACUGAGGCCCAGAGGAUAAAGUCGAAGAAGGAGAAGCUCGAUAAGAAGAGGACUAAGCUCCCUAAGGUGCGUCUCAUCGUGGGUCCCGUUUUACAUAGCCUCGUGCACGGGCUGUUUGUUGCUCUUCCGUGGUUCAGUCAGCGACAAUGCGGUUUGAAUCAGGCCGAAGAAAGCCGAUGUCGCUUACUCUACUUGACAUCCCCGUCCCCUUCCUGCCAAGUUUUAGCCUUUUUUUGGUGGUACGAUGAUGGAGGUGUCUAUUUUCUGGUCCGAAGCAGCAGCUUCAGCUUCCCGACCAGAAUUUGCGUCGUUUGCUCGUUCCCUCUCUCUAACCCCAGGUGUUGAUCUGGUGCAGGAAGAAGCAGCGGCCAUCAGGGCUGCGGGGAAGAGCUGGUACCAUACGAUGAUCUCCGACAGCGACUACACCGAGUUUGAAAACUUCUCCAAGUGGCUCGGGGCGACCCAGUGA